UAACAAACCACCCACUUAUUUUGAAGCCUGCAGUUGGGGAGUCACGAGAAGUUUAACGUUAGCGAAGCUCAACAAAGAUGACACGGAUGAGAGCGGAGAUGACAAAGAUGAACCUGGCGAAAACGACAUCGCUGGAGGUUUUCUGAUAAGCCACGGACGCUUACUUGCACCGGGUUCGGGCUCCUACUUCGUUUAGCCCACCUGCACUCGGGGUGGCUCGGCUCGGCUCGGCUCGUUAGCAGCUAACUACCGCAGCUAGCGAGCUAACUAGCCGCUUCGCCCGAGUGAAGUGAACCAAGUCGCGGCGUGUAAAGCUAACGACGCCGAGGCUAGUUUUUUUUGGAGGACUAUCGAGUUGGAUAUAUUCAUUUGAGAGAUUUGUCGCCGCUGGUGGAGGUGUUAUCAACACCGGUGUCAGCUGCAUUUGUUGUCCCCUGCCCUCUUCUCAUUGUUGGGAGAGCGUCCUGACUGCACACCGCUGAGUCCAUGCAUGUUAGCAACGGCUGCAGCCAGCUAGCGUGAUGUGUCAUAUUAGCUAACGAACCUAUCUCUGUUUAUUGUUUUUGACAUUUUGAGAGUGGAUGCUGUCACCGGUACGAGCUUUGGGAGACCUGUCGGGGUUGUAUCAUCCCACCGUGACGCUUGUAUAUUAACUGUACUUUCAUGUCGUGUCACCCGACAGCGAGUUGUCCCUCCCGAAGAACCAGACGCGGAGCAUGCAGGAGAAGAAAAGAUUUCAGAUAAGUAGAUAGGGGAAGUCGGACACAACCGAGUUAAAUUGGACAGUGUGGUUUAUUUCCCCACCAAACAAGGAUUGCAGUUGGUGGUGUCGGGACUGUGAAAGUUAAAGGAUGAAGAAGUUUUCCAGGAUGCCAAAGUCCGAGAGCGGCGGGCUCGGAGGGGCGUCCGGUUCCGGCUCCAGCUCCGGAGUCAGCAGCUACUUGGGGAAAGUGUUUGCAGUCGGCCGGUAUCAAGUCACCGUGGAAGAGCUCAUAGCAGAGGGAGGCUUCUCGGUGGUGUUCCUGGCUCGUACGCACAGCGGUGUCCGCUGUGCUCUCAAAAGGAUGUACGUCAACAACGUCCCGGACCUAAACGUCUACAAGAGGGAGAUCACUAUCAUGAAGGAGCUGUCAGGCCAUAAGAACAUCGUCGGCUACCUGGACUCCACCAUCAACGCUGUGUCAGACAGCGUCUGGGAGGUCCUCAUCCUCAUGGAGUAUUGUAAAGCCGGUCAGGUGGUGAAGCAGAUGAACCAGCGGUUAAACGUGGGCUUCAGCGAGGCCGAGGUCCUCCACAUCUUCUGUGACACCUGUGAGGCGGUGGCCCGCCUGCACCAAUGCAAGACCCCCAUCAUCCAUAGAGACCUCAAGGUUGAAAACAUCCUUCUGAAUGACCAGGGCAGUUAUGUACUGUGUGAUUUUGGCAGUUCCACUCACAAAGUCUUGCAGCCACAUAAAGACGGUGUGACCGCCGUGGAGGACGAGAUUAAGAAGUACACGACCCUGUCAUAUCGGGCGCCGGAGAUGAUUAACUUGUACGCAGGGAAAGCCAUCACCACUAAGGCUGAUAUAUGGGCACUUGGAUGCUUGUUGUACAAGCUGUGUUUCUUCGCUCUUCCAUUUGGGGAGAGUCAAGUCGCCAUAUGUGACGGAACCUUUAUUGUUCCAGAUAACUCCAAAUUCUCCUUCAAGUUGCACUGCUUAAUCAGAUAUAUGCUCGAACCAGACCAGGAGAAGAGACCAGACAUUUACCAAGUGUCCUACUUUGCCUUCAAAUUAGCUGGAAAGGACUGUCCAGUGCCAAAUCUCUUUGUAAGUCACAAGAACAAUGCAGUUGCUUUGUGUUUAACAUUUGCAGUUUUUGCUUCUUUUUUAACCAUGAUUCUGAUCUUUUCUUGUUCUCUCCAGAACUCUCCCAUCCCUACAUCACUACCAGAGCCUCUAACGGCCAGCGAGGUCGCCGCAAAGAAAAGUAUGACGAAAGCCAGGAUAACAGACUCUGUGGGCCCGACUGAAACAUCAAUAGCUCCCAGACAGAGGCCAAAGGCAGCAAACAGCAACGUCCUGCCAAUCGCAAACACUGUCACCCCCGUCAAGAUGACCGUGCCUUCAGCACCCGUCAGCAACGGCCAGAAAGCUCCCACCCCCGGCUCUGCUCAGCCAUCCAUUCAGCCCCAGCCCCAGCCCAGCAGUCAGCAGCACCGAGUCCUGCAGCAACUGCAGCCCGGUGACCUGCGUCUACAACAGUUGCAACAACAACAACAACAACAUCACCACCAACAACAACAACAAGCAGUGCAGCAACAACAUGCGAAUGCACAGCAACUCCAAUACCUCCAGUAUCAACAAGCUGUGCAGCAGUCCCUCCAGCUGCAGCAGCAACAGGUCCUGCUCCAGCAGCAGCAGCAGCAGCAGCAGCAGCAACAGAUGAUGAUGCAGCCGAUGUACCAGCAGCAGGUUGCUCAGGCCCAGGCCCAGGCCCAGGCCCAGGCCCAGGCCCAGGCCCAGUACGCUGCCAUGCUGCACCAGUACCAACAGGCCUUUGUCCAACAGCAGCAGCAACAACAACAGCAUCAACAUCUCCAACAACAACAACAACAACAGCAGCAGCAGCAGCAUCACCCCGCUCAGCAGCCUCUCCCCUAUCUGUCGUCCCCUCUUGAGUUCCAGAUCCCACUGGGUUCCUACAAUGCAACCACACCCACUGCUGGAAGUGGAGCCGCAACUGGUCAGAUGGGGGGACCGUCACCUGUGGAUCCGUCAUACACUAACCCCAGUAGAAACCCUCUGCUCGCCUCCGACGGGAUCACCCCGCCCGCUCAGAGCUGCAACAGUACAGUCAGUAACCCCCCCGACAUGUCUCGCUGGAACCCUUUCGGAGAGGACAACUUCUCUAAAUUGACCGAGGAGGAGCUGAUCGAUCGGGAGUUCGACAUGCUCAGAGCAAAAAAGCCAGUGGAGAGAACCGCCAGUGUGGAAACCGACCGGCCGCAGCCUGCCGCCUCCACCGCCAAGCCCCUCCCACCGGAGGACCUGUUCGGCUCAGUCCCGUUUGUGGCCAGCGCAGGCGCCAACGUGAUAACGGCCGAGCAGACCAACGAGGAAGUCUGCGUUCCCGCGCCUGUCUCGACCCCUGCGGCGGAUCCGCAGCCGCCAGCGGCCAAGGAGCACAAAGCAGGCAGGAAGAGCAACUGCAGACCGGGCGAAGAGUCCGAGAGCGACUUCGAGUCCGACCCUCCUUCGCCCAAAAGCAGCGAGGAUGAAGAACCGGAGGAGGACGAAGGCCUAAACAGCGAACACGGCGACGACACCGAGCCAGAGAAUUUAGGGCAGAGGCCCCUGCUGAUGGACUCCGAGGAAGAGGGCGAGGAAGACGAAGACAAGCACAGCUCUGAUUCAGACUACGACCCCAACAGAGUUAAGACCCGCUCAAAGAAACCUGCGGGCGGUAAAGGAGCUGCUGCAGCUACAAGGAGGAGUCCUCGGGGGGACGCCGGCAUGACUCUGAUCACGCCUCCCGAGUCGCCCAGCAGAGCGAGAGCCGCUUCGGCUGUGGAUGCUGUAGAUGUUUUCGGUGCCGUUCCCUUCCUCGGAGGAGACUUGCCUGCCGGACCUUCGGAGAGCACGGACAUCUUUGCCAAAGCGCCUUUCAGGCAAGUCAGCCAGGAGCAGCAAGCCACGGACGAGUUUGAUGUUUUUACCAAAGCGCCGUUCAAUCGGAACCUCUCCAAGUCAGGCAAGAGCGGCAGCGACGUUCCCAUGGGCCAGACGCCGCCCAUUUCCCCCGAGAGCAUUGACAUUUUUGGCUUCUCUCCCUUUCAUCCGGGCCCCACCGAUCCGCCUCCGACCACGUCUAGAAGCGCAGAAGAUAUCUUCCGGCCGUCUUUUGAGGAGUCGAGUCCUCAGCAGCAGAGGCUGAAGCAGCGCAGCCUCCAGAAGCUGUCGUCACGCCAGAGAAAAACCAAGCAAGAGGCGUCAGCCGGCAGCAGCAACGGCAAACGGCACCACGGUACGCCGACGGGAGGCCGCAAGACCAACAAGCCCACUUACCGCACGCCGGAGCGAGUCCGCAGACACAAGAAGGUCGGCCGCAGAGACUCGCAGAGCAGCAACGAGUUCCUAAGCACCUCUGACUCUAAAGAGAACAUCAGUGUUGAUAUAACCAUGUCUGAAGGGAAAGACAAAGGAGCCUCUCUGCCGGUAGACGAGGUUCUUUUAGACCCAUUCGGCGCCAAACCUUUCCAUCCUCCUGACGGCAGCCGUCACGGCCAGUAUCAAGGUCUCACUGACAGCAAGGGCGACAUGGGCACGGCCAACGGCAAGACCUGGAGUUCUCUUCACGGCGCUCUCGGAGAAAGCAAAGUCAUGGAUGAUUUCGGGGCGGUGCCCUUCACAGAACUGGUCAUCCACAGCGGACCUCAGCAGCUGCAGCACCACCAGCAGCAGCAGCCUCCGCCCUCGCAGCCGGUGGAGCUCGACCCGUUCGGAGCUGCACCUUUUCCCACGAAGCAGUAACUUUCCCUGCAUCUUCCCACUCUGCCUGAGCUUUUUUUUUUUUGUUUUUGGUUUGGGAACAUCUUCAAUCAUGUCAUUGGAUGACAAAACUAACAAUGUCCUAACGCUUUUUUUUUUUUUUUUUUUUUUUUAAUACAUCUCUCAGUUUGAGUAACAAAAACCUAAAUCCUGUGGAGUGCGAGUGAUGUUUCCACAUAUCUUUCAGCUGUACCUGUUUGCUGAGAAGCCUUUUUAUGCUGCAUCUUUAACGCUUGUAAAGACGUUUGAACCGGAAAAAAAAAAAAACCCCACUCGAAAAAUCUGUACUGUGAUUAUAAGCUUAAUGUUUGACCGCUUGACUCGCUGCAAAAAGCUCUUUACGGCCUGCCUUCUGAUCUACCGAUAUGUUGUUGUUUUUUUUAGCACCACGAAGCCUUACCUGAGCUUGGCGCUCUGCCUCGCUGCACAGUACCUCGGAAACCCUCGACACACACACACAAAACGGCUCGCGUUGCCCUUUUGGUGUCGUUGGAAUCAUUUGGGAGUUUUCCUUAACCACUUUUGUUUUAUCCUUAUUAGACCUAUGCAUACUUUCACAGUAGUCUUUACGCAGCUGAAUGUGGCUGUGAUUUGUGUUGCAUUACACUUGGAAAUACUAGAAGGGAUUUAUUGUACUUCCUUGAAAAAAGAUGGAUCUGUUAUUUGGGGACAGGUUUAAAUUUAGACUCUUAACUGUUUGUUUUUUUUUUUCAAUUUUAGCAACUUGUAUUUAAGUACAGUUAUUUUUUUUUUAGCUGUUUCCACUCAUUCUGUUAGAAAUAAGGAAGAAAUGAAACACAAAGCCACAUUAGAUCACUAGUCUAGGGUUUGUGUUGUUAAGAUCUUUGACCCCCCCUCCCCCCUUAUAGAAGCUUGCAAGCUCUACUGCUAUUUUCUCAGCAACGGAAGUGCUUUCAACUGUAGAUUUCAUAACAUUUACAGAAACAUUUUACGCUUGAGAAUAAAUGGGGAAUUACACCAUCGGUUACAGGAUGAUAGGACCUGGUGGUAUUCUAUAUAUUUAUUUAUUAUUGUUAACAAAUCCCGUUUAAAAAAAAAAAAAAAAAAAAGACCAAAACCAACAACUUCUCUCAAUACUUUCCCCCCACGCUGCCUGUGGCUUUAUAAUUUAAGAGAAAGUAAUAAAGCAAUUAGUUGGGGACUAUUUUCAGUGGUGGAUUAAUCCACGUUUGGUGCUCGGGUGAGUAUUUCUGGACACUAUACUCGUAAGUGUUGGUUUUCAUCUUUUAAUGGGAUUUUUUUUAGCAACAAAAAUAUGGAAUAUCACCCGACUUAUUCCUUCUGGAGCUGGUUCCGCUGCCGCCGGAUGAGGUGAAUUGACGAGUUCAUAAAGGGAAAAAAAACAAACAACCAUUCGUCUCCAUGAAAGCACUUUUCAGCGCUGACUUCUUCCAUGAACUAGAUCUCUGUGUGCAUCUACAUCGACGGCCUUAAGCACUGCAUUUUACCUUCACGACCAACCAUCGGCACAUUCAUGAGUUACACCUGCAGGUUGCUGUGUUUUCACCAGUGGAACCAUUUGAUACAACUACUUUCCAUUCUUCUUCUUUUUUUUUUGUUUUGUUUUCUUUUUCCUUCUCCACAAGGGUAAAUCUUAUAUUGUAUUUAUCAUGCUAUACUGCUGUUUGAUGCAAUAAAAAGAUUCAUCUCA